AGCAAAACAAGAGGGAACAUUAAAAUGACAUCUUCAAUGGUCUCUUCCAUGGUUCUCUUUCUCCUUCUUCUUCUUGUGUUUCCGCAUAUGGAUAAAGCCCUUGGCGCACAAGAGGAAGCCCAGAAACAAAGGUUUCCCAUUCCCCGUUUCAGAUGUUCUCCAAGAUACUCCUUUUGUAAAGGUCAAAUAAAUCUACCUUCUCCUCCGCCCCACAAGUCUUUCAAAGGCACACAGGAACCUGGUCAUUGACCUCACUCUAGCUUCGAAUGCGUGUGUCGGUGUGCUUGUUUCUUACAUUGUGCUUUGGUUUGUGGUUUCUGUCCUUUUUUAUCUAUGCAUGUGUGUGUCAUAUUUUACAGUUUGAUCGAACCGCCGCUAUAAUAAAUAAAACUUGUAUGUCCUU